CCGUUGUUGAUUUUUCUCCUCCUGUUUCUCACUUUUCUUGACGGUCUGUCCUCUUGAACAGCGAAGAUCGUACUGUUCCUGAUCGAUUGGCUAGCGAUUCGUUGCUACUAGUCAGUCGUCAGCUGCGAUAAUUUUAAGAUACGGGGCACCGGGGCUGCCGCUACCCUAACAACCACCAGAUACUUUAUUAUCCUUAGCGUUCGGCCACCGUCUCUCCUCUCUCUCCUCGCGCGUCCCAUAUCCGUCACUCUUUACGGCCUCCGCGCUCUUUCGCCUAAGGCAUCGAUCCGGGAUCGCUUGCUUCUCUAAUCUUCUUGCAACCACACCUCUAUGCUUCUGGCGUUCUCUCGUUAACUGGCACAGUCUUGCGAGACUGAUAGUCUCCACCCUUAAUCACCAUGUCGCUUCUAGGCACUAUAAACCCUAAUGUUAAUCCAGCUCGUGGCGUGGAAUCCCACGAAGUCCACGAGAAUGAGAACGGAGGCGCAGCAGCAAGCACCGCGUCGGCUGUGAACGAAGGCACAUCCGAGUUGGGCCAUCGCCAGCACAGUACUUAUGCUACCAACGAUGAAGAAAAGGUGAUGACAGAGUCCGGUUUCAGCCCCCCAGGACACGACACACGAGGACGUUGGAGCCGUCACACCACCUUUAGCAGCGCCGAGACUGCCCUCGAGAAAGAAGAUGGAGGGAAGGAGGAUGAAGACAAUGAGAGUGAGGGAGUUGCUGCUCAAGAGAUCCACCGUCUGGCGCAGCAGUUGACUCGUCAAUCCACCCGAAUGUCCACUACUGGCGAGAACACAUUCCUGGAAGUGAAAGAGGAUUCGACCCUGAACCCUGCCAGCUCCAACUUCAAAGCAAAGCAUUGGAUGAAGAACCUACUCGCGCUCUCCUCGCGCGAUCCCGAGAGAUACCCCAGACGUGAAGCGGGCGUUUCCUUCCAGAACCUCAGCAUUCACGGUUUCGGCAGUCCGACGGAUUACCAGAAGGACGUCUUCAACUCGGUCUUGCAGAUCGGGGCUCUCAUCCGCAGGCUCACAGGUACCGGCAAGCAGAAGAUUCAGAUUCUCCGCGAUUUUGACGGUCUUGUACGCAACGGCGAGAUGUUGGUUGUCUUGGGUCGUCCGGGAAGCGGUUGCUCAACCUUCCUUAAGACUCUUGCUGGUGAAAUGAACGGUAUCUACAUGGACGAGGCGUCUCAGCUGAACUACCAAGGUAUCUCCGCCCAACAGAUGCGGAAGCAGUUCAAGGGUGAGGCCAUCUAUACCGCCGAAACCGACGUCCACUUUCCGCAGUUGACUGUUGGCGAUACCUUGAAGUUCGCUGCGCUCUCUCGUUGCCCUCGGAACCGGUUCCCUGGUGUCACCAAGGAGCAGUAUGCGUUGCACAUGCGCGAUGCUGUCAUGGCCAUGCUAGGUUUGUCUCACACCAUCAACACCAAGGUCGGUAACGACUUCGUCCGUGGUGUCAGUGGUGGUGAGCGCAAGCGUGUCAGUAUCGCCGAAGCCACUCUCUGUGGCUCUCCUUUGCAGUGUUGGGAUAACAGUACGCGUGGUCUGGAUUCUGCGAACGCGCUGGAAUUCUGUAAGACGUUGAACUUGAUGACCAAGUACGCCGGAGCAACAGUUGCGGUGGCUAUUUACCAAGCGUCGCAGAGUGCUUAUGACGUCUUUGACAAGGUUACUGUCUUGUACGAAGGUCGACAAAUCUACUUCGGUCCUACUAACGAGGCGAGGGAGUUCUUCACCAGGAUGGGUUUCGAAUGUCCUGACCGUCAGACCACUGCUGAUUUCCUUACAUCCCUGACCUCUCCGGCGGAGCGUAUCGUUAAGCCCGGAUAUGAGGGCAAGGUGCCUCAGACUCCUGACGAGUUCGCCGCUGCUUGGAAGAACAGUGAUGCGCACGCCAAACUGCUCAGAGAGAUUGCCGAGUACAAUCAGCAAUACGCCAUCGGUGGCGAGUCGCUUGGCAAAUUCAUCGAAUCCCGCAAGGCUAUGCAAUCCAAGAACCAGCGCGUCAAGUCUCCCUACACGAUCUCCCUCUACGAACAGGUCAAGCUCUGCCUGAUCCGAGGUUUCCAGCGAUUGCAAGGUGAUGCCAGUUUGACCAUCUCCCAGUUGGUCGGAAACUUUAUCAUGGCUCUUAUCAUCGGAAGUGUCUUCUACAACUUAAAAGACGAGACGUCCAGUUUCUAUUCCCGCGGUGCUCUGCUGUUCUUCGCCGUGUUGCUUAACGCCUUCUCUAGUGCGCUCGAGAUUCUGACCUUGUACGCACAACGUCCAAUUGUCGAAAAGCAGUCUCGUUACGCCAUGUAUCAUCCGUUCGCCGAAGCUAUCGCGUCCAUGCUCACUGACAUGCCCUAUAAAAUUGGAAAUGCGAUCAUCUUCAAUCUCACGCUGUAUUUCAUGACCAACCUCCGUCGAACACCGGGUGCCUUCUUCGUCUUCCUGCUGUUCUCCUUCGUCACGACUUUGACCAUGUCCAUGCUCUUCCGUACCAUCGCCGCCUCUUCUCGCACGCUCUCACAAGCUCUCGUGCCGGCCGCCAUUCUCAUCUUGGGUUUGGUCAUUUACACCGGUUUCACGAUCCCAACCACUUAUAUGCUGGGUUGGUCGAGAUGGAUGAAUUAUAUCAAUCCGAUCGCUUACGGUUUCGAGAGUCUCAUGGUGAAUGAAUUCCACAACCGACAAUUCAAGUGUUCCGAUAGUGCCUACGUUCCGUCCGGCGAGGGUUACUCAAACCUUCCCCUUGUGAACAAAGUCUGUUCUGCAGUGGGUGCGGUCUCUGGUCAAGAAUACGUCGAUGGUGAUAGGUAUCUUGACUUGAGCUUCAACUACUACCACAGUCAUAAAUGGCGCAACUUGGGGAUCAUGUUCGCUUUCAUGAUCUUCCUGAUGGGCACCUAUUUGCUUGCCACCGAGUAUAUCUCCGAAGCCAAGUCCAAGGGUGAGGUUCUGCUCUUCCGCCGCGGACAUGCCGCCCCUGUAACCAAGGAUGUCGAAUCGAGUCGUCAAUUUGCUUCUCCCGAGAAGGCCGAGCAGGCUAGUGGUCAGCAGAGUGCUGCUAUCCAGAGACAGACCGCUAUCUUCCAAUGGCAGGAUGUGUGCUACGACAUUAAGAUCAAGGGUGAACCGCGCCGCAUUCUCGACCAUGUCGACGGAUGGGUCAAGCCCGGAACCUGCACCGCCCUCAUGGGUGUUUCGGGUGCCGGUAAAACAACCCUUCUGGACGUGCUUGCUACUCGUGUCACCAUGGGUGUUGUCACUGGUGAAAUGCUGGUUGAUGGACGGCCUCGCGAUCAAAGUUUUCAGCGUAAGACCGGAUAUGUCCAGCAGCAGGAUCUCCACCUCCACACUACCACUGUCCGUGAGGCUCUUCGUUUCAGCGCCAUCCUUCGUCAGCCUGCCCACGUCAGCCGCCAAGAGAAACUCGACUAUGUUGAAGAAGUUAUCAAGCUCCUCGACAUGGAAGAGUAUGCUGACGCCGUUGUCGGUGUUCCCGGUGAAGGUCUCAACGUCGAGCAGCGCAAGCGUCUUACCAUCGGAGUCGAAUUGGCGGCUAAGCCGCAAUUGCUAUUGUUCUUGGACGAGCCUACUUCGGGUCUUGACAGUCAAACGUCCUGGUCUAUCCUUGAUCUUAUUGAUACCUUGACCAAGCACGGACAAGCUAUCCUGUGUACCAUUCAUCAACCUUCGGCCAUGCUGUUCCAACGCUUCGACCGUCUUUUGUUCCUCGCCAGGGGCGGCAAGACGGUUUAUUUCGGAGAUAUUGGGGACAAGUCCUCUACUCUUGCCAGCUAUUUCGAACGCAAUGGUGCUCCCAAGCUACCUGCUGAUGCUAACCCCGCUGAAUGGAUGCUAGAAGUCAUUGGUGCCGCCCCUGGAUCUCACAGUGAUAUUGAUUGGCCUGCUGUCUGGCGCGACAGCCCUGAACACCAAGGCGUGCUUGACCAUCUGGCCGAGCUCAAGUCUACUCUCUCGCAGAAACAGGUCGACACGAACCAGGCCGACUCCGGUAGCUACAACGAAUUCGCCGCGCCCUUCACAGUCCAAUUGUGGGAGUGCUUGCUCCGCGUGUUCUCGCAGUACUGGCGUACGCCCGUAUACAUUUACUCCAAGAUCACCCUUUGCGCCCUCACUGCCUUGUACAUCGGAUUCUCAUUCUUCCAUGCCAAGAACACCACGCAGGGCCUUCAGAACCAGAUGUUCUCCAUCUUCAUGUUGAUGACUAUCUUCGGAAACUUGGUGCAACAGAUUCUACCCAAUUUCUGCACCCAGCGCUCUCUUUACGAGGCUCGCGAGAGGCCUUCCAAGAGUUACUCUUGGAAGGCUUUCAUGGCUGCCAACAUUAUUGUAGAGCUGCCUUGGAACGCGCUCAUGAGUGUGAUCAUUUAUGUCUGCUGGUACUAUCCGAUCGGCCUCUAUCGGAACGCUGAACCGACUGAUGCUGUUCACGAACGUGGAGCGUUGAUGUGGCUGCUGAUCCUGGCAUUCCUUCUCUUCACCUCCACCUUUGCCCACAUGAUUAUCGCCGGUAUUGAGCUUGCCGAGACCGGUGGCAACCUUGCUAAUCUGCUCUUCUCUUUGUGCUUGGUCUUCUGUGGUGUCCUGGCAACACCUCAGCAGCUCCCUGGCUUCUGGAUCUUCAUGUAUCGGCUUUCUCCAUUCACAUAUCUGGUGUCCGCCAUGUUGUCUACCGGUGUAUCAGGCACCACGGCCGUCUGUGACAACUCCGAAUUUCUACACUUCGAUCCUCCUUCUAACACCACUUGCCUGAGUUAUAUGAAGAGCUACAUGGCAGUUGCUGGCGGCUAUCUUGAAAACAACGAUGCCACCAGCAACUGUGCCUUCUGCUCCAUCAGCGACACCGACACCUACUUGGCUGCGGUCAACAGCCACUUCUCGGACGCGUGGCGCAACUUCGGUCUCAUGUGGGUGUACAUCGUGUUCAACAUCUUCGCCGCGGUGGGUAUCUACUGGCUUGCUCGUGUCCCGAAGGGCCAGAAGACCAAGGGUUCCUCCUAAGGGACACAUGUAUCAAUGUUUCCUGUUCAGCUUCUGUAUAAUGUGUUCACACAUACAUAUGUCCAGCUUUCGUUGUUGCGCAUAUUAGGAACUUUUGGGUUUAGACGCACAUAUUUAGAUUUCUCUUCUCACCCACCCAUCUUCGCUCCUUGCUUCAUAUGCAUAAGCGUAUUCUAGAAACUUGGGCUUUGUCGUCGUUUAUUGAAUCAGUUCGUCCUUGACUGAAGCACUGACUCUAUGCUACUUCCGUGCCCUCGCUACCCCAGACUUUUUGACUUUCUCUUCUUCAUCCCACUCCACUUAUUCAUUACUCUUCUAUGCUGAUACAUAUGUACGUACAUACAUCGGUAAUUCUCCGCCAAGGC